AUGAGUUCAGAUAAUUACAAAAAUUUUGGAAAAGCUACCUAAUGCUCUAUCGGCUUCUUGGUGCUUUUUAUUGCUUUUAACACAUGCCAAAAUCUAUCAGCCUAGGUUCUAUAAAAUCUUGGAUUUGAGGAUUUGGGUAAUUAUUCAUUGGGGACUGUCUACCUUGUCCUGGGAUUUACUAGCAUGAUAUCUAGUGCUGUUUUAAAAAGGCUAGGAUAUAAAAUUACAAUGGUUAUUGGUGGGAUGUGUAAUGCCAUAUGGGUACUGUCAUAUUUAUUCCCUGUAUUUAAGUAGAAGUACCCUGAUCAGCGUAACUUGCUCAUAUUUUCGGAUGGAUUCAUUUAUUUCAUAGUACUAUUUUCUGCUUUUAUAAACGGAGUAGGUGCAGCAAUACUUUGGACUGCUCUUGGCAUGUAUAUUAGUGAUUGUUCAACUGAGGCUAAGAAAGGAUUUUACUUUAGUUAUUUUUGGACUUUCUAUAUGUCAUCUUAAGUAGUAGGUAACUUAGUUGGAGCAUAUGUCAUUGGACAAGACCUUGAAUUCUUCUUUAUUUUUAUGGGAGCAUUGGCAGUAGUUGCCUCAAUAAGUUUCAUGUUUUUAUAGAAGCCAAUAAAUGUAAAAGGCGACCUUAAUGAUUCUUAACAAGAAAAGUAAAUUGAUGCUUAAAUGGAUAAUAAAUUCUUUUAUAAUGUCUAGAUGACCUACAAAAUCAUGACAUCAAAAAGAAUGCUGGUAUUUCUACCGCAAUUAUUUUGGAUUGGGAUGUCAAUUUCAUAUUACUCUAGUAUGAUUACUCCCAUUAUUUAUGAUUCAUUUGAUGAUAAAACUUUAACUGAAAAUGAUAAACUUAAGAAGGCUCUAAUAGCUAUGGUAGCUUUUGGAUUUGGUGAAAUGACAGGAGGUUUAAGCAUAGGUUAGAUUAUAGACAGAGUAAAUACCAAAUAUGCUGUGCUAUUUAACUUAUUGAUUAUAACUAUUAUGGGUAUAGUCACGAUUGUUUAAAUACAAACUUUGGAUUAUAAUUGGUUGACGUUUAUUAUGACAUUUUUAUGGGGAUUUCAGGAUAGUAGUGUAAAUACACAUACUAUGCAAAUGCUUGGCUUUGAGUUUGAAAACAAUAUAGAGCCUUAUUCAGUUUACAAUCUUGUAGAGGCUUUUGGUGUAUUUAUUUUCUAACUUAUUGAAACUUAUAUAAAGAAUUAGAAAGCUAGAUUGAUUUAUACGAUAAUAAUGUGCAUUGCAGCAUUUCUAAUGUGUGGAACGACAUAUUUCUUUGAUUUCAAAUAAUAAAAAUAAUCAUCAAAAGAUUAACCAUAGUAGCAAAAAAAUAAAUUUCCAUUUCAAAAGCUGGAUGAACUCUAUAUUGAAGAAAAAAGCCGUCAGUAAACACAGGAAUCCCUUAAAUUAAUUUGA